UAAUAAUAUCUUUUUUAGGUUCCUGUUGAUCCCCCAUCUAUUUUUCCUGGAUGCACAUCUUCAAUGGUGCGCCAAACAGUCUCAACACAACCAAGAUCUACAAAUAUAAAUAAAAUUUCUUUAACAUCACGAAAUGCAAUACCUGAUGAAUUGGAUGAUUUCAAUCAAAUUGAUUUAAUUAGAUUUUAUGAUGUUGAAAUAAUGUUGUCUGAAAUAAAAGAAAGAUAUCCUCAAUACUUUGCAUUCAUUAAAAAUUCAAAAGUCAUAUUGUUUGAUGUUUCUCGAUCAUAUCUACCUGAAACAAUAUUUUCUGUUGAAAUUAACUGUUAUUCACGUCAAGUUAAUAUUUAUUGUAGGCAUACAAAAGUUAACUGCUAUGACCUGCUCAGUUUUUCUCAUUGUCUAACUCGGUGAUCACAGCUUGAAGCUAUUGUCGAAAGAGUUUGU